AUUUAUCGGAUCGGAUCGGAUCGGAUCGUGCAAGUUAUAAAGUAUAAACUCAUGUACUACUAGUAGCUUCAACGCUCAAGAAAGCCGGCUCCUUUAUCCUUUUAGAUCCCAGUCAUGGCGAUCGUCGUUAGCUCCUUGGCCUCCGGAUCCUUGCCAUGCAGUCCGGAGGUUUCUGGGCGACGACGGAGCUCACUAGUGUCUGCCCCGCCUCGUCGCCGGCAAGCCCUCGCCGGCUUGGCGAUCAAGUCGCGGGGCAUCAACCGUGUCCAGCCGACGACCAGAGGAGCAACACGGAUCCCCGCAGCCGCAGCUGGUCCAAGCUCCGGAGACCGAGCAGGAGGAAACUUCCCAGUUCCCAACGUGCCUUCAUGGGUGAAGAUGCUCGUCGGUGUCUUCUUUGCCGCAGUACCUCUUUACAGACAGAUGAGAGCCCUGGAAGGUAAAUACAAAUCCACUUGUGGGCUACUACCUUUUCCAUUAGUUCCAUAACAGAAAUAACAUAGCAUUGGAUAAUCACCUCUUAGAGGUCCUUUGUCCUUUUAUUUUGCUUUGUACAUAUACUGUUUUAUAUUAUUAUAAUGAAAAUUACUGUAGAACAAUUGUUCUAUGGUUUCGGCUUAAAAAAACAGAAAUAACAUAGUCCCAGAAGAUAGAAAAAGAGGCAGAGUGCCAAAACAUGAUAUAGUACCAGCUACUACCGUCCAGAGCGGCUAAUAAGAGCAACACAGCCGAAAAGGAUAUGCGAAUCGGGUACUGAUACAGUACCAGGUACUCCACUACCGUACCGUCCAGAGAGGCUAAGGGCCCUAGGCAUCGCGCGCCUUCUGCACCACAUUCGGCACCCAUCAGGAUUCCUUUGUGACCCUCAUUCUUCAGUCCUAUCCAAGUAUUAGAUCAGGAGGAGCACAUAGACAGCACCAUUGUCAAAGGUGAGCAAACCACACAAUGCUCCAAACAUACCUUGUUCCGACAAGUCCAGAUCACCUAGCAAAGGGCCGCGAUCACCCCAGGAAGGAAAGCCUGAGGCGAGAGUGGACGAUCUGCACACAGGGGCAUCUGCACCCGCUUUUCAAAAAUGUACUUUUUACGUGUUUUGUAAUGUUCAAAAAUUCUAUUAAAAAAUAUGCAUACAUGUUGGCAAAGAUACGUCCACGGCACAAAAUUUUGUGUAAAAAAGUAUUUUUGUUUUGUCUCAGUAAAAAAGGCAAAUUUUACUGCUUCUAAAUAGCGUUUCAUGGCACAAAAUUUUGUCUUUUUUGCAUAGGCUACAAAAAAAGUUGUUUUUCUGUGAAACUUUCUGCACACACAUGGAAUAUGGAGAUGUCCGCGUGCACCCUUUUCAGAAUUUUUUGACAUUGCAAAAUGUAUUUUCCAAAAUGGGUUGAUAUGUACCCAGGUUCAUCCAUGCACUUCUCAGUCUGAGGCUAACUAUAAAACUGCCAAAAAGAGUUUUCUUUUAGAAAAGGAGGAUGACCCCCGGCCUCUGCAUCUAGGAAAUGCAUACGGUCACUUUAUUAAUUAUUCUCGAGGACCUUACAAAGUAUUACAACAAUAUGCUUGAAUCCGCCAUCUUGACAACAUAUGCCACUACUCAUAUCCAUAUGAUGAAGGGGUGCUAGCUGGGCCAAAUACCGAGACCACUCACCUAAGCAUAUCAUCAAAAGCCAGAAGCCCCAGUCGAGCCACAUACCGGGUCUGGGGCAUAAACUGGUUUGACGCACUCACAUGUGUCGUCGCCGCCAUCUUCCACAGGUCCGUCUUCAGAGCAGAUAUUGAGGCUUCUACCUUGUCAGGCCACUCUGCCAUCGACGCCACCAUGACGCGAGACAACUACCUCCUCCCGCGCGAGUCCAUCACCGCGCAUCGGGCGCCGAGUGUCCACUGCGCCAAUCCGCUGAGAUCCGCCGUCAUCAAUGUGUAGGAUGAAGCACCUCCACCAAAAAAGCCGCCCACUGGUCCCUCGAUCCCGUGUACGCCUCCAAGAAUGAUGCUCCCAAGGAGGAAACGACAUCAACGCGUCGCCGUCAUCCGAUCUACUGAUCUACGGUUUCCCCCGGAGGUAGCGGGUAGAGGUCUGGAGUUUCUCCACGACGAUGCCUUCAAGAAGGUAAUGACA